AUGGGUAACGAGACCCUUCAACAGUUCGCCGCGCUCGAUCUCGACUACUUGAUUAUAGGUGGAGGUACUGCGGGGCUAGCUGUUGCUGCGCGCCUCACUGAGGACCCUGAAUUUCGCGUGGGGGUCAUCGAAGCCGGUCCAUCGGUCUUAAACAUAGAUGAUAAUGGUGCGAUCAAUGUUCCUGGUCGAUAUGGCGAAACCAUCGGCUCAAAAUACGAUUGGAAAUUCAAAACUACCCCACAGCCGGGCCUAGGUGGAAGAUCACUACCAUGGCCACGAGGCCGUAUAUUAGGCGGCACAAGUGCGCUGAAUCUUAUGGCUUGGAAUCGGGGUCAUCGCAAGGAUUACGAUGCUUGGGCGGAACUGGGGAAUGAGAGAUGGGGAUGGGAAGAUCUACUGCCCUUUUUCCGUCACAGCGAGAACUUCCACCCACCGAGCUCCGCUCAUCAGAAACAUUAUCAGUCCUCUUAUGAUCCUCAGGUUAAUGGAACGAAGGGCCCUAUACAUACAACUCACGCCAAGCAGUAUGGCCCCACUCACCAAUAUUGGCAUGAGACGCUCAAUCGUCUGGGGAUUCCAUCUACGCGCGAUAGUCUGGCCGGUGAUAAUACAGGUGUCUGGAACAUGCUCUGCACAAUUAAUCCAGAUAGUCAAGAGCGCAGCUACUCUGCAUCUGCAUACUACCACCCCAUUGCGAAACGGCCAAACUUGCAUAUACUGACCGAAGCCACUGCCAUGGAAAUCCUGUUUGAAUCUGAAGAUGAUGAUUGGUACGCAACAGGGGCUCGAGUACGCUGGAACGGACUGGAAGCAAAUAUUAAAUCAUACGAAGAGGUAAUUAUCUGUGCUGGUAGCGUGCAAUCUCCACAACUUCUGGAGCUAUCCGGUAUUGGCGACCAGGACGUGUUGGAAGCUGCUGGAAUUGAGACGAAAGUCCACAGUCCCAAUGUAGGAGAGAAUCUACAGGAGCAUAUGAUGACUGCCACCAUCUUCGAAGUACCCUCCACGAUUCCAACUCGUGAUGACAUUCUCAAAGACCCAAUUCAGCGCGAAGCCGCGGACCUGGCAUACUGUCCACUUUCGAAGAUCUUAACACCCGAGGAAUGUGAUGAACUCCACACCCAGGCUAAGGAAGUCGCGCGAAAAACAGGACGUACACAUGACGCUCUUCUAGCCAGUCAAUUUGAGUCCGGCCAAGCGCGCGGUCAAAUCGAGUAUCUCUUCGAUCUGGGUAAUUGGAGUCCAUAUUUUGUCUCUGAGCCAGGAAAGAAAUACGCCACGAUGCUGCAAAUGCUGCAGUACCCUUUCUCACGCGGGUCUAUCCAUAUACCCCCUAUGAGCGAGAUCAAUUAUGAAAAGACCACCAUUGAUGACAAGCCCGUGAUUGAUCCGCGGUAUUUUCUAGGACCCGGGGAGAUUGAUAAGAAGGUCAUGGCCAAAGCCCUCAGAUGGGGAGAUCGGAUCUGUCAAACCGAGCCUUUAGCCAAAGUCAUUAGCGGUCGAGUGUUUCCUCCUCCCGCGAACGGGGCAGAUUCCGAGGAGAAAGUAUACGAAGACUUUGUCUCGAAUUAUACUGUCACCGACUGGCAUCCCGUUGGGACGUGCGCUAUGGGUGAAGCAGACGGAAUCAAUGGUGGAGUUGUGAAUGAUAUGUUACAGGUACAUGGGGUUCAUGCUCUGCGGGUUGUAGAUGCUAGCAUCAUGCCUUUGCAGGUUGGGGCACAUAUCCAAGCCACUGUAUAUGCGAUUGCCGAAAAGGCGGCGGAGAUGAUCAUAGAUGACUAUUUUGCUCGAAAUGGUCCCCUGUGA